CCAGCAUGCUGUCCGAACAAGCCCAAAAGUGGUUCCCGACCCACGUGCAGGUGACCGUGCUGCAAGCCAAAGACCUGAAGCCCAAAGGCAAAAGUGGCACCAAUGACACGUACACCAUCAUCCAGCUGGGCAAGGAGAAAUACUCCACCUCGGUGGCCGAGAAAACCUUGCAGCCAGUCUGGAAGGAAGAGGCCUCCUUUGAGCUCCCCGGGAUGCUCAUGCAGGGGAACCCCGACAAGUACAUUCUCUUCCUCAUAGUGAUGCACAGGUCGCUGGUCGGCCUGGAUAAGUUUUUAGGGCAGGUGGCAAUCAAUCUCAAUGACAUCUUUGAGGACAAAGAAAGGAGGAAAACAGAGUGGUUUAGGUUAGAAUCCAAACAAGGAAAAAGAGCCAAAAACAGAGGUGAGAUAAAGAUCAAUAUUCAGUUUAUGAGGAACAAUAUGACAGCGAGCAUGUUUGACUUAUCAAUGAAAGACAAAACAAGAUCUCCUUUUGCAAAAUUAAAAGAUAAGAUGAAAGGUAGAAAAAAUGAUGGGACAUUUUCUGAUACAUCUUCUGCAAUCAUUCCAAGUUCUCAUAUGCCUGAUGCCAGUACUGAAUUUUCCACUAGUGAAAUGCAGAUGAAAUCCAAACCAAAAAAGCCUUUCCUUUUGGGGCCUCAACGACUCUCUUCAGCUCAUUCAAUGUCUGACUUAACUGGGGCCCAUGUGUCUUCUGAGAAGCUCAAGUCCAGUGCCAUUGGCCAAAGGCAUCUCGUGGCCCAGCAGGUGGACGCCUUUGGAGCAGUUCCGGAAGGCGGAAGUCUCAAAUCUCCACACAGAAGAACAUUAAGCUUUGAUACUUCUAAAAUGAACCCGCCAAACAGGAGUGUGGAUGAAGGUGAACUGUCCCUCGGAAGACAAAAUGACCCAUUUACAAAUGUGACUGCUUCAUUACCCCAAAAAUUUGCAACACUGCCAAGGAAGAAAAAUCCAUUUGAAGAGAGCAGUGAAUCUUGGGACAGCAGCAUGAGUUUAUUUUCAAAAUCAAUUGAAGUAAGAAAAGAAAAUAAAAGGGAAAAAAGGGAGAAAGUUAGCCUCUUUGAAAGAGUGACUGGGAAAAAAGACAGCAGAAGAUCUGAUAAACUUAACAAUGGGGGAUCCCAUAGCCCCUGUGACUUGAAAUCACCUAAUGCAUUUAGUGAAAACCGGCAGGACUAUUUUGAUUAUGAGUCAACUAAUCCGUUUACAACAAAAUUCAGGGCUUCAAAUAUCAUGCCAUCUUCAAGUUUUCAUGUGAAUCCGACAAGCAAUGAAGACCUCAGGAAAAUUCCGGACAGCAACCCUUUUGAUGCUACUGCAGGGUACCGGAGUCUGACCUAUGAGGAAGUGUUGCAGGAGUUGGUAAAACAAAAAGAGCUUCUUCGAAGAAAAGACACGCAUAUCCGAGAGCUGGAAGACUACAUCGACAACCUCCUGGUGCGGGUGAUGGAAGAGACGCCCAGCAUUCUCCGAGUGCCAUAUGAACCUUCCAGGAAAGCAGGCAAAUUUGCCAAUAGCUAAUGGUUGGUGGUGUUGAUAAUUGGGGCAAAGAAAGAGGUGGAGGAAGGAGGGGAAAAAGAAGACUGCAGCCCUUCGAGAACACUAUCUCUGUCACAUUUCAUUACCUGCUCCCCUAAAUUGUGAAAACUCUCCUGUAAAUAUUAGCAGGGCCUCUUCAGUUCAGCCCUGCAAGUGAAAAUGGGCCCCCUUUUCUCAAUGAAUGAGAAGUUCUCUAGGAUUCACCUAGGUGCUGGUGCUGGUUCACUAAUCUGCCAUAAGCCUAGAAGAAGCUUCAGAAAUGUCUGGAAUAUUUCUCAGGAACAGAUUUCUCAUAAAGCAGAAAUGAUUCUGUUACUGGUUUCUGAGAAGUCGAUUUAUAGACAUAGUUAGAGACAGGAAUUCCAACCCUAAACACUACUAAAAUAGUUCAUAUUUUAUAUGUAGGCAUACAUGGUUGUAAAUUUAUGUAUCACUGUAUAUCAAAUACAUGCAUAUACCUCAUAUAUACAUGUGUUUCUAGAAUAUUUAGAAGCAACUGGUUGCCUCUGAAAUUAAGGUACCAAUUUCUACAUGGGAAAUGGGAGUGUUCUCUAUGGAUACCCAAGGAAUUGUCACCACUACUCUUAGGGCUUAUUUGAGAGAAGAUGCUUCAAAUCAACCCGGACUAGGUGACCCUGGGUUUCAGAAUGAGCUGUUCUUAUCCAGCGUUUUCGGAAUGAUACAAUCCCAAAUUGUCCUUGAAGGCUAACCUGUUUUAGGAAAC